AUGUUUUCUCCGCAGUCCGCAUCUAGUGCAUCUUCAUUCCUCGCUUCAUAUUCUGAUGCUCCUGAAAUCUUACCUCCUCAGCGCUGUUCAAUAUGUAAUGAAGACAUCGGCACUUCACACUGCGAUGGAGAAAUCGAAGUCGCAUAUAUACUUCCCUGCUCGCAUGUUUUUGGUUCCAUUUGUAUAUUGCGCUGGUUGGAAACCGAUUCUCCGCAUCAGAAUUGUCCGCAAUGUCGACGGAAAAUGGUGUAUACGGAAUGUGGACAUUUGAUACGGCCGUGCGAAGUCAGCAGUGCGCCGAAGAGUGUGAGAGAGGCAGAUAUGCCAAAGAGGUGUUUGGGGUGUAGAGGGCUGGAGGGAGAAUUGAAGAGCGAGGUGGAGAUGUUGCUGAAACGGGCAGAGGUGGAGCAAAGAGCGUUGACUGCGAUGAAGAUGCAUUUUCCGGGGGUUUGGGGGGAGAUGUGUAGAGAGACCGUGCGAACUGUGGGGAAGAGGGUGGAAGAGUCGAGGGAAGUGUUGAGGAGGGAUAUUGAGGAGCUUUGUCGAAAAUAUGAGGAGAGUGGGAAGAGGGAGCAAUGGUAA